AUGUCCAAACAAUUUUUUUCAGGGUUAAGUCAAAAUUAUAUGGAAAUUUUGGAAGAUAAUGAAUAUUAUGAUGUUACUAUUGAAGUUGAUAUAUUUUAUGGUGGUACCAUUUCUUUAAUGAAAUAUUUAAUUAAAUAUAAAUAUGAAUGGAUGGAACAACAUUUUGAAUUAAUUUAUCAAACAGGUUUUCAAUCCAAUUCUUUAUUAAAUUUACAAAAUUUUUGUACAGGUUGUAUGACCAAAUCUCCUCAUAAAAUAUUUAAUUCAUUUGAUUUUACCUCACUAUCUGAAAAAUCUUUGGUUUCACUUAUUAAAAAAAAUGAUUUACAAAUGAAAUAA